CGCAACUAUGUAUUUGUGUUAGCAACUGAAAAAAUGACAUUUUCAAACUCUACCUCUGUAGAAACUGUAGCAACAGUUUUACCAAACGUGUUGAAACAUGUGGUACAAUUAUCAUUUUCGUGGUACGAUUAUAUACUUUUUGGAAUAAUGUUAGGUGUUAGUGCGUUAAUUGGAAUUUACUUCGGCUGCUUCGGUACUAAACAGUCAACGGCUAAUGAAUACCUCAUGGGUGAUAAAAAAAUGAAAGUUUUCCCAAUUUCUGUGUCUCUAGUAGCUAGUCACGUUUCUGGAGUGACCCUGCUGGCCGUCCCAGCGGACAUCUAUAGGUACGGGGCCAGUUACUGGCUCUUUGUUUUCGCUUGUCUACCUGUUACAUUGGUUAUCAUGUUCGUGUACCUUCCAGUAUUUUAUAAAUUGCAAAUUACUAGUACUUAUGAGUACUUAGAAAGAAGAUUCGAUAGUACUAACAGGAUGUUCGCAUCCUUUUUGUUUGCAAUUGGUCUCUUCUUGUAUCUACCAGUAGUUAUUUACCUUCCGGCUUUGGCACUAUCAGCAGCUACAGGAAUCAAUCUUCACUACAUAACCCCACUUGUGUGUGGUGUUUGCAUUUUUUAUACAACUUUAGGAGGAUUGAAAGCGGUGGUUUGGACUGACACCAUACAAUUCACGGUUACCACGGGGGCUAUAUUCACUGUUGCAGUGAUUGGAAUUAAGGCAGCAGGUGGUUUCACAUCCAUUUGGUCCACAGCUGUGGAAGGACAACGUUUGGAUAUUUUUGAUUUUGAUCCAAAUCCUACAAAACGUGAUUCUUUUUGGGGAGUAAUUCUUGGUGUGUCCAGCUGGUGGCUCUCAAUGGCUGGAAUCCAUCAAAGCUGUGUCCAAAAGUUCCUCUCACUCCCGACUUUCCGAGAAGCGAAAUUGUCCUUGAUUUAUUUCUGUGUUGGUAUCACAGUUGUCAGUUCCUUUAGUGUUUUUACUGGACUGAUGAUAUACACGAGGUAUGCAGACUGCGAUCCUCUUUGCACUGGAGCGGUGACAAAGCACGAUCAGCUUCUCCCAUACUAUAUUAUGGACGUGGCAUCCCAUAUUCCAGGACUUACCGGUCUUUUCAUAGCGGGGAUUUUUUGUGCCGCUUUGAGCACAUUGUCGGCGUGUUUAAACUGUUUAGCAGGAACCAUGUUUGAAGAUUUUAUCACUAAAGUAACCGGACCUAUUAAAAAUGAAAAAACCGCAGCUUACAUUUUGAAAUUUUUGGUGUUGAUAACAGGCGUCAUUUGUACGUUGCUGGUUUUUGUGGUAGAGCGUCUUGGAGGAAUUUUACCUCUGGUUAUAAGUUUGGGGAGUAUAACAUCUGGGCCUUUGUUGGGAUUGUUCACACUUGGUAUUCUCUUCCCAAAAGUGUCAAGCAGAGGUGCUUUCUAUGGCUCCGUUUUUAGUCUUCUUUUUUGUGGCUGGAUUGUGGUAAUGGCUCAGUAUUAUAAAGCUCAAGGUCUAGUUCCAGAUAUUCCGAAACCAGUGUCAACUGAAGGAUGUUCUGUGACAACUAAUUCAACUAGUUUUUUUUCAAAUUUUGAAAAUUUUACGACAGAAAUGGAUCAUCCAGCGACAAAUUGGACCUACUCUGAUUUCAUAGCUAACCACACGCAAGAUUUUUCCAACAAUAGGAAGUACCAAGACCAGAAACCGUUUUUCUUGUUCAGAAUUUCACACUACUAUUACUGUCCAGUGGGAACCUUUGUAACGAUAAUUUUCGGUCUACUAGUCACUUGUGUGUUAGGAAAUAACGAUCCUCCAGUCGAUCGGGAUCUGCUAAGUCCAAUUAUUUACUCUUUUCUUUCUGAUAAGGAAGGAAAAGAUGAAAAAAUGAAGGAGUACUACAGACUAGAUAAAGCUUUACAUCUUGUAUCAGUGAAUUCUGACAAGGAAGAAAUGGAGAAGAUAAAAUCUUAAACUUUUGUAGUGUUUAUAAGACUGGAAAUAUAUUAAA